GCCAUCAAUGUUUCAAUUAUAUCCUCUCUCUCUAUCCAUCCCCACACUAGUUGUUACAACUUGCAAAGUUGUGUGUUUGCCCCACUUCCCAUUUUUCAACUCUAACUCCAUAGCUCUCUUGUAAAAGUGUCUUUCAGGUUUCUUCUAUAUUUCUGGGAAUCACCUAAAAAACUAACCAGAGGUAUAAUUCUAAUAUUGGCUUUGCUUUAAAGCUUGUCAAUUUGGGUAUUUGGUUUCUCUUUUCUGGGAUAUGGUAAGAAUGUGAUUUUCUCUGUGUCUGAGGCAGCAAGCUUCUAAAAGCUUUGGAAGAGAAAGAGUGCCUCUUUGUAAGAUUUAGAAUGCCAGUUCCACUUGCUCCCUAUCCAUCUCCUCCAGCACCAUAUACACCACCUGCAAAUGGUGCACAAAGCCAGCUUGUAUGCUCUGGAUGUCGAAACCUCUUAGUCUACCCGGUGGGAGCAACCUCGGUUUGCUGUGCUGUUUGCAAUGCAGUAACUGCUGUGCCACCUCCUGGCACAGAAAUGGCUCAACUGGUUUGUGGAGGCUGCCAUACCUUACUCAUGUAUAUUCGGGGAGCAACAAGCGUUCAAUGUUCUUGUUGUCACACUGUCAAUCUUGCACUGGAAGCGAAUCAGGUAGCACAUGUCAAUUGUGGGAACUGCAGGAUGCUAUUGAUGUAUCAAUAUGGAGCAAGAUCUGUGAAAUGUGCAGUUUGCAAUUUUGUGACAUCAGUAGGGGUCACAACAAGCGCGGCUGAACAGAAGUUUAACAGCUAAAACAAAAUUACCAUACACUUAAAAAGUUGGUUAUUACGGACGCUGUAGCUUUGGUUUUGCAAUCUUAAAAUUUCCACUAUGAAUGCAUGAUAAGCAGAGAAAAAUUUGCCCUUGAGUCACAUGUAUAGAGUUAUUUUUCCCUUGCGUGACCCUUUUAUGAAUAAAUAGCUUUUGUUUUUCACUUUUUGUAUUUUUUGGUUUCCUUGCUUGGGUGUAUGAAAAGUAUUUGUAUCAGAGAAGACUUUUGGAAUGUGAGUGCAUUUUGGAAAUCUUUCGGAUAAGAUAAACUUCAUGUUCAUUUACUUAUAAAAUUGUGUGUAUGAACAGCUUCAAGUAGAUGGAAAAGUUGUAAGUUUUUUGAUACCUUUUA